AUGUCACCAACGCAUCACAAGAAGUCGGUGAAGAUGAAACAACAGGCUGUUGUCGGUACCUUAGGUGAAGCCGUGACUAACGGCGCUUCUCCUUAUGCUACUGCGCUUGCCUUUGAGCCCCAUCUCCAGUGGAAGCGUUUCACCGGGAAGAUCGGCAUCUGGAUGUACGUCGUGCUCAAGAUCCAACUCGUCCUGUCAACGAUACGCAGAACACAGUCACGCCGGUCCAUCAACCUGUGCAACCCACUUGCCACCACCAAGCUGGUUUCUGCACUUCAAGUAUUCUCGUUCCCUGGCAAAAUACUACAGUUUGAUAUUACCCAGACAACACCGUUCUACAUCACAACCACCUCUCCAGGCGGCGACUCUCCCACCAUCGUUCCCGUCAUUUUCCCGCUCGACAAUCCUUUACCGGUCAUAUGCUUCGGAUGCAUCAUUUCUUUCCCUCCCAAUCUUGUACUCAACACCCCUCGAUUUUGCAUCCAGUUUCUUGGUUUGAAGAUCGGCAACUGUCCCCCAAAGAAGGAUAAUGGCGGCAGCAGCGACGGCGACGACGACGGCGGUGACAAUGAUGAUGAGGAAUCGAAGUCGAAAACAAAGGACGAGGCUUCAUCGGAUAAGUCAACCGCAACUUCCACGUCAACCUCAACUUCAACUUCAUCCUGCACCACCAUCGUAACAGCAACCCACCAGAGCGUCUUCUGCUCUGUGACCGUCACUCAAGGGCCUGGAAGUCAGCAGAUUUCUCAGACAGUUGGCACCUGCAUGACCAGCGCCUACACCACAAUCACAGGCUGCAGCGCGAUGCCGGUAGCAACAACGGUAACAGCAACAUCGACAACAACAACCAAAUUCCCGGAGCCGACAUGCGAGUUUUGGACUUGCGGCGGCGGCGCCUGCCCUGCGAGGACCAAAUCAAGACCCAAGGAACAGGUUCUGAACGCCUUGGGGAAACGCGGGAUCCCGGCUCAAGGCGAAUGGCCGGACCCGAGCGACAUGGAUGAAGACUUCGACAGAUUCAUCGGCGACCAGCUGGCAAUCAUCGAAGACUUUACGCCAAUUCCUGCAAUACACACCGGAUACGAGCCCAAGAUCGUGGAGCACGCCACUGGCAUGACUACGUCUAACUACGUUCUCUUCCAAAGACAAGUCACGGCACUUGCAUUGCAAGGCCUCUAUGGCUGUACCGCCGUCGUCAUCGUGUCUCAGCGUGGCGCAUGGGCAGCUCAUAUUUGGGAGACAGACAUGGAUAACAUGAACCGGUACAUCAACAGGAUACAGACGGGAAUCAAUUUCGGACUUCAUCCCCAACCCGGCCGCCCGGGUCAUGACGUUUUCAAAUAUGGCUUGGCUGAUUUGUACGGGGAGCCCGAACUUGGUCCUGUGGGUACAAUGUUUGGCGAAACCGAUGAUUACUCCCAAUGGACAAUGUCUCCACGCGACCUCAACACGCGAGCCUUCAUCAUCGCUCCUCGUGAAAGGGUCGAAAGAAUGGUGGCCGGCAUGAUCGUUCCCGAAUCGAUUGUCAACGAUCCAAAUUCCAACGUGGGUAUCCUCAUGUAUCCUGAAACAGUCGAGAAGCUCAAGAGCCUCAUUCUUGAGAAUUUCGACGACAUCCCAGUAGAGAUCGUUGAGUACUCACCGGCCGUUGUGUCAUACGCGAUCUUCAUGGAAUACAUCAGCCCACAUACGACUGCGGAAAGGCGAAGACAACUCGAGAAAGAAGUCCCAGAAUAUCACACUUACAACCAGUUUCUCGAACCUAAUGGGAAACUUCUUCUUCAGUAUCGGCCAGCCAGAACGUGCAACGAUCAGGCUGCUUGGAGGCUUUUUAUUGAGGACCACCAGGUCGGCGGCCGGACUGAUCAAUGGACCCCGAACGAGGGUCAGAUCUUCGAACGCCUGUUCGUCAACCACCUCAACCAAGUCGGAAGAAAGCACGCCAACGCCCGGACGCCUCAUGCCUCUGUCUCCAUCAUCCUCGUCUCCAUCGACCGCGACAGAAGAGAGCAAGCCAACCUCCGGGCGUCUCAUGCCGCUAUCUCCAUCGACUUCAAGUUCUUCCUCAUCGCCUUCUCCUCCAUCAACCAAAUCAAAAGAGAGCAAACCAACUCCUCCACCACCACCACCUCCUCCUCCUCUUCCAAAGCCCACCGCAGGAGUCGCCAUUUACUGGCAACCAAGGUAAACCUCGGAUCCGCCAUACCACGCCACGACAUCAAGGAGCAGCCGUGGCCGCCCAGCUUGAAAGACUUGAAAACGGCACACAACCGUAAGGACUGUAAGUAUGUUGCAGAUGACAACGGCCCCGGCAAGUUCUCGUGUGAUGGGCUGUCCGAGUUCAAGUGUGAGAAGGAUCCGUCUUAUGAUGCUGGCAAGCUCUCGUCGUCUGUGAGCUGUGGAUCGGGGAUCAAUCAGAGCAGCUGGUACUCCAUCGUCAUCUGUUGGUUUCCUACGAAGUGA